GCCACGUCAACAUGGCGGCCGAGCGGUGAGACAUUGCCUGUGGUGUUCGAGAGAGUGUACAUACGGUGUAUUAAGAGGCACGUUUAGGAGUACAGCUCGGCAGUUUUUCCUGCCUUUGGAAGCCCGAGAGGACGCGGUUCUGCCGCACGGAGCUCCUUCGCGAUGUCGCGACACAGAAAUGUCCGCGGCUACAACUACGACGAAGACUUCGACGACGACGACGUGUACGGGCACUCCGUGGACGAUGACUACUGUAUCUCACCGGCCACAGCCGCCCAGUUCAUCUACUCGCGACACGAGAAGCAGGUGCCCUGCGUGGAGCCGCUUGAGGAGGAGGACUACGAGGCCGAGGAGAAGACGCCCACAUCACCCAGCAUGAGCCACACGCUCAGUUCAUUGGACCAGGGGAGGCUGUACUCCUGCCUGGACCAGAUGCGCACGGUGCUGGGCGACUCCACUCCGGAGUCAGUCUUGGUGGAUGCCGCCCUCAAGAUGGACUUUGACCCACAGCGUGCCCUGGACUCGGUGCUCUCCGAGGACAGCAGGAACAAGACUGUGUCAUGCACCCAGCCGGAGGAUCCGCUUCCCCAGAGGCCUGAGAGAGGGAAAGGAAGAGAGGCUCCAGUGAGUAAGCUGGAUGUAGAAGUGCUCCCGAAAGUGGCCAGGAUGACCGUCUCGGGCAAGAAGCAGACCAUGGGCUUCGACAUCCCCAACCCAGAAGACAGUGGGGUCCAGUCCCCCGCACCAGGGAAGGUGCCCACCGCCGAGGAGAGCCCCGCAGCCCAGUGCGUCGCCGAAGAGUGCGCGCCGACCCCUGGCAGGACUCCUGGCAAGGCCAAGCAGCAGCUCAACGUCAAAGCUGAGCUGGAGAAACGCCAGGGGGGCAAAUCGCUGCUCAACCUAGUUGUGAUUGGUCACGUGGACGCCGGCAAGAGCACGCUGAUGGGCCACCUUCUCUACCUGCUGGGAGACGUGAACAAGAGAACGAUGCACAAGUAUGAGCAGGAGGCCAGGAAGGCGGGAAAGGCGUCGUUCGCGUACGCCUGGGUCCUCGACGAGACGGGCGAGGAGCGAGACAGAGGCGUCACCAUGGAUGUGGGGAUGACUAAGUUUGAGACCCCCACCAAGGUGAUCACCCUCAUGGAUGCUCCGGGACACAGGGACUUCAUCCCCAACAUGAUCACGGGUGCCGCGCAGGCUGACGUGGCUCUGCUGGUGGUGGACGCCAGCCGCGGAGAGUUCGAGGCGGGGUUCGAGGCCGGAGGCCAGACGCGGGAACAUGGCCUGCUAGUGCGGUCACUCGGGGUCACCCAGCUCGUGGUCGCCGUCAACAAGAUGGACCAGGUCGGCUGGCAGCAGGAGCGCUUCCAGGAGAUCCUCAGCAAACUGGGUCACUUCCUGAAGCAGGCGGGCUUCAAGGACUCGGAUGUGUCAUACAUCCCCACCAGUGGCCUCUCCGGUGAGAACCUGUCUGCGAGGAGCACGGUGCCUGAGCUCACGGCUUGGUACAAAGGACCCUGUCUCCUGGAGCAGAUCGACGCUUUCAAGCCUCCACAGAGAUCGGUGGAGAAGGCGUUCCGCCUCUGUGUCUCCGAUGUCUUCAAAGACCAGGGUUCCGGUUUCUGCGUGACGGGGAAGGUGGAGGCGGGCUACGUGCAGAUCGGGGACCGCGUGCUCGCCAUGCCCCCAAAUGAGGUGUGCACCAUUAAAGGCAUCGCGCUGCACGAGGAGCCCAUCGACUGGGCGGCUGCCGGCGACCACGUGAGCCUUACUGUGACGGGCAUGGACAUCAUCAAAAUCAAUGUUGGCUGUGUCUUCUGCGAUCCCAAGGAACCCAUCAGGUCCUGCUCCAGGUUUCGGGCCAGAAUCCUGCUCUUCAACAUCGAGCUCCCUGUGACUCAGGGCUUCCCCGUGCUGCUGCACUACCAGACUGUCAGCGAACCAGCCACCAUCCGGAAACUGGUCAGUGUUCUGCACAAAAGCAGCGGCGAGGUGAUCAAGAAGAAGCCCAAAUGCCUCAGCAAGGGGCAGAAUGCCAUCGUGGAGAUACAGACCCAGCGUCCCGUAGCUCUAGAACUCUAUAAAGACUUUAAGGAGCUGGGUCGCUUCAUGCUGCGUUACGUUGGCUCCACAAUAGCUGCUGGAGUAGUGACAGAGAUCAAGGAAUGACCCCCCCCCCCCCCAGUGCGCUGCUGCCCCCACCCACCCCCCCAUCCUGGAGUCCCGACACCUGGAUUGCUGCUGGAAAGCGCUGUUCCUGCAGGCUGGGAAAAAACCCCGUCCUCUUUACAUGUCUCAUACACAUGUAGACAACAGGAGCUCACUGCAAACACAUGGAGGCGCCGCCCAAGGAGGAAGCUCAUCAUUGGCGCCAUGGCUCACGUGCUGCUCGUUCAUCCGCCAACCGACCUAGUCAUCGUACUAUAACUGACAAUCUGGGGAUUUUGGUCGUUUCAGCGAUAAGUUUAUCAUCGUGUUUAAAGUAGCGCAGCGAACCUUAAUCUGGGUAUUUGUUUCAAUAAAAAUGCAGAUCUGUGCUGUACAUUUAAUUGCACAUGAAUGUAAAGAUGAGAUUUUGAAGGUAGGGUGACAUCGUCUGUUGCCAAGGAGGACGAAAUUGAACGAUCCGCCUGUCCCUAGAUGCUUAAUGUCGAGCGGUUCAAACGGUUCUCCAGCAGUGAUUUGGACUCAACAUGAGUGGUAGCGAACAAAGUGGACGAACUGGGAAGCGCCUUUGUUUCCGAGAGACCUGAUCUGUGGUGCUUUUGUUGCCGUGUCAAAGCUGACAGCACUUUGACCUCCGGUGCCCCGUCAGCUUGACAGCAGAUGAAUCCAGAGCGGACGCCGGAAACGUGCUUGAACACACUAUGAGCUGAAGGUGAUGGGAAGAACAAACUCAAAACAUCUGAGUGCUUUGUUGGGGUGAAGAGUUAAACAUGAUAAAUGUCCAAUAUUUGGAACUUUACCAACAGAAUUAGUGUGAUGAACCACACUAAUGUUUUCUCCAUUAUUUAUUCACAAAAACUCGUUCAGCUUCAAUCGUUUGCAUCCUUCGAGUGCUUCUUGGGUGCCGUCUGUGUGCAGGAAGGUGUUCUCCACAACAGCUGUGUGUCAAUGGGGGAGGAGACAGCAGGGUUAUUCAGAAUGUUCUGGAACUCCGAAAAGGACGCAGUUUGCCGAGUGACCCCAACAUGGACCCGAACCCGGCGCCUCUUUACCUUUAACCCCUCAGAUUAUUUUAUUACAUGGUUAUGUGCUUCCUAAUCGCGUGUUUGUCCCCAUGCAAACAUGUCCAACCAACCGUUUCUCCCUUCGAACUUUGUGUUUCUGCCUGCUAAACCGAUGUGUUUCCCCUCCCGGGUCAUUGGGUGUAAACGUGUCUCACGUGUCACUUUGCCCCCUUUGGACGCCGUGGAGGGACAUCGUUUGCCUCAUCAGCAUCCAGCGUUUUUUUAAUUGGGUUAAAAAUGCUUAUUGUUGGGCUGCUCGUAAUUUAGCUGAUCUUAUUUGCAGAGAAGAUAAUACUAGGACUAAUGGGAUGUGUUGUAGGAAGUGGUGUUUUCAAGUUUUCGCACCCUUUUCUGUUACUUUGCCGUUUUUUGACAUGUUGCUUUCGCUCGUCGGGCUUCGCGAGCUGCUGUUCCUCUUUCGGUGACGAGGCCCAGCGAGGCUCAUUAUGCGCUUUCGUUGAUCUCAUAACUGGAGGAGUUUGGUUUUUGGGCCGACGAAGCCGCUUGUGGCCCGGAGCACUGGAGCCUUACGGAUCAAGACCUUUAUUUCUGUUUCUUCAAAUAAAGAAAAUCAGUUUGGUGGCUUGUUAUCGAUGGAAAUGAUUGAUCUUGGAGUUCUUUUGCUGUUUUAUUUAAGGUUAUUUGAGCUGUGUGACCCUAACCCCCCCCCCCCCCCCCCCCUCCAUGAGCAGUCUCAGUCCCUGCGGUUCCCUUCAUCCACAAAAGGCUUUUAAACGCUCUGGACGGUUGAGAGAAACGACCGCCGGUUGGGCAAACUUCACUGUGUUCAAACGUGCAUUAAUCGCACAGCGUGUUAACGCACCCACCGUCAGAGCACUUUCCAUACGCACGAGAAACACGUUAUCGUGCGCUCGCUCGGCCCCUUCGGUCGUGCUGAUGUUCUUCACACACAGACUCGGUGAGACACAGUCUUAUGCACUUUCUCCAGUUGGCAGAAACCUUUAUCUUCUGCCCCCAGAAAAAUGAUUCUGAAGGUACACCGUUGUAGACACUCCUCAGGUGAUUGGGGAGUGUUAGUGAUAAGGACAAUUAUUGUCAUGGUCGUCUGUUAGUCUCUCACGUCCACACAGUGGCAAAGUAUAGGCUGCCUUGUGCUGGAGCUUCCAGAACGUUCUAUAGCAGUGCUGUGUCACAGCAACAUGUGCAACAGGUAAAAUAUUAAAAAGGUGCCAAAAAAAUGUAUCUAAUAGGAUGAAAUAGUAAAAGAUACAGAUAAUGGCAAAUAAAGUGAAUGC